AAAAAUACAAUCCGUCGGGCUCCGUGCGACAAUCACAUUUAUCGCCAGGGUCCAAAGGAUACUAACCACUAUCCGUGCAUUAGACCGGUUGCAAAGACAGCAAAGUUUCUCCGUGAAGAAUACUACCAUAACCCCCGCCUCCAAUAAGGAUCAUCUCUCUCACAACCAGUCAAAUCCAUCCUGGUGCCACGACCUGCGCUGUCAGAAACGCUGACACUGACAGUGGCAGGCAAGUCCGAUCCCAUCCCGUCUCUAAUCGGGCUACGAUCCACAGCCACCGAGUCUAUCUCAAACGUCCCACAACUCGGGCCAGUCCUACUGGCCAGCUGGCUUCUCCCGGCUGAACCCUGAAUAUCCACCCGUCAGCAGGGCUGUGUUGCUGCCGGUUUUCGCUGUUUUUACACGGUAACUUACAGUGUGAUUACCAGAGAAUGCUAUGAAAAGCAGCGUUGAAACUGACCAUCCCAUUAUUUAAGUAGGACUAUGACUGACAUCAUGGUAGAUGUGACUAUUACCUCCCAACCGAAGAAAUCCGAGUCAAGGGUUUAUGUCUGAACCUAUAACAGGGAAACGAGUUGUCUUUGUUGUCUUUGUCGUUGCCGACAACAUUGCCAUAGAGGGCAAGGAUCUGAAUAUGCCAAGCAACCAAGCAUCGACCAGCUGCAGGGUCAAUUCAUUGACGAGCAUUCAAUUACCCCACUGUCUUUUGUUUUUAUUUUCCUUUACCAUAUGCAAUUGCUCAUCGUUGAGGGGAUAUCAAGUGUCGCCUUGAUCUAUUCGGAUUGCGCCCCAGGCAGUUACAACUUAAAGGACAACCCCAGAUCCGAGAAUCACCCUUUGCGCCCGAAGGAUUGCACGCAAAUGAGCUAUCACAUACGGAGUAGUAGCGAAGAGCUUAACCUAGAAUCCUGCUUAGGUAUGUAAGUAGUUAGUACUGCAGUGACCAGCUGUCCCAAC